GAGAGACAACAGGUGUGCACAGUUUACACAGACCAGAGAGCUCUCACACUCUGAUAGCUGCCAAGAAACACAGAUCUCUCGAAUUUUGGGGAAUUAGCAGCAGAAAAUAAGGCCCAACGAUGGCCAACUUUGGAGGACAUGCCAUCCCUGGCACUUUUUUCCUGUUCUAUGGCUUUUGGCUGGCGGUGAAACACACUCUGCAACACUACUGGAGGACAAAUCAGCCUAAAGGAAGACAGAUUUUGCCUCCUUCCUUUAAAAGAAUGGAGUAUAUAGAGGGAGGACUCAAAAUCUUUGCUGCAUUUGUUGGUAUUAUGGUUGAACAGUUUGUGGUAGAUGGGCCACAUGCCCACCUAUAUGACACAGAAAAUAAGUCAUGGGUCAAGCUGAUGAACUGGCAGCACGGCACAAUGUAUCUGUUCUUUGGGAUCUCCGGAAUAGCACUGGUUGCCAGUACUGCUUCCAAAAUGGUGCCAGUUGGUGUUGACCGCCUCGCUCUCUCCUUGGCUCUUUUUGUUGAAGGGUUUCUAUUCUAUUUCCAUGUGCACAAUCGGCCCGCGCUUGAUGCUCACAUUCACACCCUGCUGCUAGUGGCAGUGUUUGGUGGAUCAGCCAGCACCAUGUUGGAGGUGUUCAUGAGAGAUCACAUUGUUUUAGAGCUACUCAGGGCAUGCCUGUUCAUCUUGCAGGGCUCAUGGUUCUACCAGAUUGGAUUUGUACUUUACCCAUUAAGUGGACCAGAGUGGGAUUUGACAAAGCAUAACAACAUCAUGUUCGUCACUAUGUGCUUCUGCUGGCAUAUAGCUGUGGCCCUGCUUUUAGUCGCCUGCACCUUUGCUGUGGUUUUGCUCGCAGUGAAGCGACUCUCAGGAAAGGGACACGACAUAGAGAUUGGAAUGCGACAAACAUCCUCCAGUUCAAACUACCAGAAAGCUUUGCUCGAAGAGUCGGAUGAAGAGUGAAUCCUUUGUUGUGUUUUCUUUGCAAAUUUAACAAUGAUUUCAAAUCUGUUUUUCUGUGUCAGCUGUUUUGUACAAUGCACUUUCAUAAUCUUUUGUAUUAAAAAAACAAACAACACAACUCAAUUUCAAAGUUGUUUCAAAAUGAUCUAUUAUAGUAUUUUCACAUAUGUACCAUGAAUUGUAACCUGAAAUGUAUGAUCUGUUAACAAAUGAAAUAAACACCCGAAAAGAAAACUAUACUAAUAAUAUAUUAAGACAAAUCAACAAGGAACAAUAUUUACAUCAAACCAACUUAUGUCCCACUAGUAUGACAUUUCCCAUCACUGUAUCACAUCAAACAGUUGUAUAAAAAACUGAACUAAUUUAAUAUGAAUUGACUUCAGGUUAUGUUUAGGU